AAAGUGUUGCAAUUUGCCAACGAGCGUCGCCAGCGACUCUUCCGUGUCUCUUAUGUUGUACUCGCAGUCCCAAUCCUGAUUCUUACAUUAAUUCCCCUACUGUCGCCGCUUUUCCUCCAACUGCCUAAUGCAGACGUUGUCGAAUUCCAGCUCUACCGUUCUUCAUCCACGAUCGACAUUGGUUAUUACAGUAAGACAGCGCUUCCUUCUUGUUUCCCUGCUAAAACGUGA